UCACUAAAUGACUUGAACAUGUUUUUGCCAAUAUUUGUGGCAUUUGGACUUCUCCUUAAUCUCCCUCAGAGCUUGGAAAAUCAAGAUCUGGUCUUAAGAGACAUCAUUAUUGAUGAUCAUGUGAUAGGAGUCUUAGGAGAGGAAGUACACCUGCAUUGCUUGUACUCUGGCAAAUAUAACAUCAGUUAUUCCUCCUGGAAGCACCAGGAGUCAGAAACAAAAUCAAAGAAGAUAGCAGGAUACAACAAUGGCAAGCCAUUUGCCAGAGACAACUUCUGCACUCCAGCAUCAACCACAAAUCUUACUGUGAAAGUGAGCAUAAACAGCUUCGCGGUAGAGGGACGAUACACAUGCAUAUUCGGAACAGAUGAGGGGGAGGAAACGAUGAAAAGCCUGAAACUCACAAUCCUCGCUCGACCCAAGGUGAACACCCAUGCAAAGGAAGAAAUUCUGAAUGGAACUCAUUACCAAAGCAUCUUCUGUUCAGCUUCCUAUGCCAAGCCCAGUGCGAGUCUCCAUUGGGACAUCCAUGGGGCUCCACCCAGUGAGGACAUUUUCUCCAUCAUCAAUACAAACUCCACACUGCCAAAUGGCACAGGCAGUAUUAUCAGCAUGCUACGUUUCCCCAUCCACUUGAAUAAUGAGAGUAGUGUUGCCUGUGUGAUUCAGCAUCCAGCUUUGACUGAACCUAUCACAACUGUUAUAGAGUUACAGACAUUCGUUUCUCCAAAUGCAACAAUGGAAGUGGCCUUGAUUGAAAGAGAAGGAAAAGCCUUCUUUGAGGUCCUCUGCAGAGCAAAAGGAGGAAGGCCUCACCCAUCAAUCAUUUGGAUCCCACCUGAAUCUGCAGACACAUCAUGCUCUCCUCAUUUAAUGAAAUUUGAAUCAGUUUCUAGUUUUCACUGCUUCCCAUUAGAUGCUUAUGAGGGUGAAAACAUCACCUGCAUUUUUGGCUACCCACAUCUUUCUAACAUACAGAGAACUGUUACACUGCCUACAUUCUCUCUCACCUCUCUUCAGCUGACAAACAAUAGUAUUAAGGUGAACCAUUUGAACACUUCUGAUUUGUUGAUAUUAGAAGAGGAGGACAGCAACAUCAGAAUCAACAUGGAAGUAUUAGGAAAUGUCCCAAGAUAUCAAAUUAAUUGCACAAAGGAUGGUGAAUUGCUGUCAGAGGAUGUGAAUGUGGUUGUCAGUGGUCUCAUGAUAAAAGGUCCUGUUGGGGCAAAUCAUGCGGGCCAAUACCAGUGCCAAGCCUCCUACUACAGACAUAAAGCCUCUUUACAGUUUGAAAUAGAAGUGAAGCCUAGAGUCAGAGUACUAGCUCCUAUCCAUGUGACACUGUUCUCCAACACAUCUUGGGAGAAUGGGAUUGAGUAUACAGAGGUGAAAUGCAUGGCAGAUAAUGUGUCUCCUGAUGCCAAUAUUACUUGGGUUACCAGAGACUGCGGAAGUGGAAUCAGUGACUCUGAUCCUGGAAAAGUUGUGUCUGGAAGUCAGCAGGAAAAUGGUGUAGUUUGGAACACGGCACGGCUCCCAGUAUAUUCUUAUGCAGGAUGUACAGUAAUUUGUAUGGUGCACCACCGUGGGUUAGAGAAACUGGUACAAAAGAGCAUUCAAAUCCCUUCAGUUGCUCCCAUCCAUGUGACACUGUUCUCCAACACAUCUUGGGAGAAUGGGAUUGAGUAUACAGAGGUGAAAUGCAUGGCAGAUAAUGUGUCUCCUGAUGCCAAUAUUACUUGGGUUACCAGAGACUGCAGAAGUGGAAUCAGUGACUCUGAUCCUGGAAAAGUUGUGUCUGGAAGUCAGCAGGACCAUGGUGUAGUUUGGAACACGGCACGGCUACCAGUAUAUUCUUAUGCAGGAUGUACAGUAAUUUGUGUGGUGCACCACCGUGGGUUAGAGAAACUGGUACAAAAUGGCACUCGUAUCCCUUCAAUAGGACCACCAAAAAAUCAUGUGAGCUUUGAUUUGCGGAAAGGAUCCACACACUGGGCUGCUGUGUGCGAAUACAAAAGUGAUGGGGCCAUAACCAACACCUCCUGUGUCAUUUCUGAUACCAAUGCAAUUGCCAUACCUUUGGCCAUGAAUACCACAAAAGAGGGCAGUAAGGUGCUAGUCACAUGCAUUUAUAAAUUUGAACUGUUCCAGCUUGAGGGAAAGUUCUUGACAUGCAUCAUCCAAAAUGAGUACGGGGACGCUGAAAGGAGAACCAUACAUGUCCCAAAUUUUUUUAUCUCAUCAAUUGUGGUUUUGAACAAAACUAUUCCACUGCAUGGGAGCCAUGGGCAACAUACUGGCGUGCACAGAGUGGCAUUGGAGGAACAUGUUCCCAAUCAGAGGAUAUUUUUUAGAGUUAAUGGAAAUGCAUCAGCAUCUAAUAUCAAAUGUUUCAGAUCCAAUGGACUUUUUGCACACACCGUUGGUAUGGCCCUGGUUUUUGCUCAGCAAGUGUCAGAGAGUGAUGCUGGUUUGUACACAUGCAGUGCAUCCUGGUACCAUCACAAUGCCACAGUCACUGUUCUUGUGGAAGUAACCAGCCAGGAAAUGAACAGCAUGAUGCUUAUCCUGGUCUGUUUCUCCUCUGCUCUUGCAAUCACCUUCAUAUUGGUGGUCGCACUCUGUAUAUUCUGCAAAAGAAAUGAAGAAACUCACUCUUCAACCCCGGAUUGGACGAAGCGUGAGUCUCUGGCUGCCCUGAUGCAGGACCCACGCUCACCAGAACUCAAGAAGCCCAGAGGGCAAGGGCAGGAAUAUGCAGAGCUAGUGCACUACUCCAUAGUGAUUGAUGUGAAAAGCACGGUGUGA